GCGGAGGGAUCCCGGGGGGGGGAGGGGGCGGCACCGGGGUGUCCCGGUCGCCAUGUGGUUCCUGUACGCGCUGAGCUGGCUGUCCCUGCUGCUGCAGGUCGCGUUCGUCACUUUGGCCAUCGCUGCUGGGCUGUAUUACCUGGCUGAGCUGGUGGAGGAGUACACGGUGGUGACCAGGAGGAUCAUCAAGUACAUGAUAUGGGGGCCCUAUGGGGGCACUAUGGGGCACUAUGGGGACACACUGGGGACACAUUGGGGUCCCCAAUGGGACACACAGGGUGGCAUUGGGGUCCUUGGGGUGACAUUGGGUCCCCAUUGGUUCCCUAUGGUGCCAUUGUGGUCCCCAUUGGUUCCCUAUGGUGCCAUUAUGGUCCCCAUUGUGUCCCUAUGGUGCCAUUGUGGUCCCCAUUGGUUCCCUAUGGUUCCAUUAUGGUCCCCAUUGGUUCUCUAUGGUGCCACCCCCCCCCAGGUCCUGGCGUACUUCACGUUCUGCCUGUGGCUCAUCCCAUUCUCCUUCUUCGUGUCCUUGUCUGCGGGGGAGAACGUCCUUCCGUCCACGGUGCAGCCGGGGGACGACGUGGUGUCCAACUCUUACUGCAGGGGAAGCGCUCUCAGCGCGUCGGGGCUGCUCGCAGUUUUCUCCUUGAUGCGGGACGCGGUGCUGCCCGAGGCAAAGAUCCCCUCACUGACCCCCCCCAUUAAACCCCUAUGGAACCCCCCCCAUCCACACCAAGGAGUCACACUGGAGAGCCCCCCAUCCACAUACAGGAUGGGGGGGGGGGUAACAGCUGAGCCCCCCCCAUCCACACACAACAUAUGGGGGGGGGCCUGA